AUGACCACCCCAGUAACAACAACACCAUUGUCCGAAGCAUCAACGGCCACAAAUCCAGUGAAUCGGUGCAAACGCGUUCUGCCUCUAUCGCCAGAUACAACCCGUGAGUCCGAGAAUCGCCGGAAAGCCUCCAAGGUUAGCCGAGCUUGUGAUCACUGUAAACUCAAGAAGCUCAAAUGCUCUGGGACUCUCCCCUGCGAAGGCUGUGUGAAAAGACGGCUGGACUGUCAAUAUGACUCGCUUUAUCGAAGGGGAAGGCCACCGACGCCGCCGACCGUCGGACCACAGCGAGGAUCUAUGAGUUCUGCACCUCCUGAUACUAAUCCUGAACAGACAAGUUCAAGAUCUACAUCACAAGGAGACUCUGGUCUUGAGACUGCAGAGAUCGAAGGUCAAUUCUUUGAUCCCACGUCGAAUCUGACUUUUGUGCAUCGUGCGUGGAAGAGAUUGGCGCAGCAGACGCAGCAAACAGAGUCAAGACCUGGAGUAUUAACAGGUGCGGAGAAUCUACAGCCUCUUAUGUCUGCUGGUGAUAAGCCCUUUACUACAAGGGGGGACUCGAGCUUGAUGUUUGUCAAUCAGCCGGAGGCCUUUGAGCUGUUCAACUACUACUUCGAGAACUGUGUUGUUACAUACCGUGUUCUGAACAGACAAUACUGUCAGGUAUGGUUUGAAGCUGUCAUCAACAAUGUUCAUAACGGACAGCCGUUGGACACGGGAAUUGGCCAUGCAAAAGCCGCGAUAGUGGUUAAUAUUCUUGCCAUUGCGAGUUUUCGACAACACAGAAUCACGGAACAGGCUUCACUUCCCGGUGGCAUGUCUAUUAUGUCACAGCAGAGCGAACAGUACUUUCUCCAGGCAUCUGAGCUCACUGCCCAAGAGACCGGCCUUCCUCGCCUUGAAUCAGCCCAGGCGCGAGUUUUGCAGGUUCUUUAUCUCUUGCAAACGUCUCGGAUGAACCAAGCUUGGUAUGUCUUUGGAAAUACUGUGCCUAUCGUUACGGCGCUCGGUCUGCAUCGGAAGUCGACUCAGUAUCGGAACGGAGGUCGACAGCCUACCGAUUACAUCAUAUCUGAGUGCCGGAAAAGAACGUUCUGGGUUCUGUAUACCAUUGAUAAGUAUCUGGCUGUCGUGUUCGGUAGACCGAGAUUUUAUCACGACAACGAUGUCGACCAAGAGCUCCCUGAUAGUGUCAACGAUGAGGACAUGACACCACAAGGACCGAUUGCUAUUAUCAUCGAAAAUGUAUCACGGCAGGUCUAUUCACUCAAGAAGAUGCCACCAGAGGAACGUCUUGCCGCAGCACAAGGUUUCAUUCAACAACUCCACGAAUGGCGUCAAGCUCUCCCUCCACAUCUCGGCACCGUUCGUCCCUCCAGCCUCAUCCCGAUCUUUUCUCGGCAAGCCACCGCUCUGAAGCUUGCGUACUGCCACGCUGUAAUGCAUACAACCCGGCCUUUCCUUCUGGAUCACUCAGAAGAUUGCAGUCCUGCGUUAAAAGCUUGCGUGACACAGUGUAUAAGCGCAGCAAAACUCGCACUAGAAAUCGUCGACGGUAUGUUUUCCGAGAAAUCAGUCUUAUUCCAUGCUCUAUGGUGGAUGCCCUACGUAACCUUCUGCGCAUUAGCGGUGGUGUAUGUAUGGGACAUUCAACAAAGGAGCAACACAACAGCUGAUCCUGGAAACGCACUUCUCUUCGACCUCGCAGAAAAAUGCCAGAAUCAUCUCGCGAGAACUAUCGCUGCUGAGUCUGCUAGUCGAAGAUACAGCAUCAUCAUUGAGGAACUACGACAGGAAGCAAGACAAGGACCACAGCAUGCUACAAGGCCAUCACAGACAAUUCAGUGUCAGCAGGAGUCACUCAUUUCGAGCGAACAUGAGUCGGGUACGAGUAUAGAUGAGUUGGGGUCCAUGUUUGAUGAUCAGGAUGAAACAAGUUCGGGGUUACAAUCUAUUAUGAAUCCAUUGAGUCAGUGGCAGCCCACUGACUGGCUGGAUCUUGACUCUUCGGCUUUCACUUUCUUCUCUCAGCUUGAAGAUUCAAUGCUUUAUUAA